AUGUCGUUCAAAGGGCCGCGCAAGGGGUUUCUGGAGGUGUUUAAGUUCGUGUGCUACGUGGGUAUCCCCAUCGCCAUGAUGGUCACGUUCGCCAACAACCAAGACAACCUCGAGGCUAUUAUCCGAAACAGAGCAUAUGUGAUCUACCCCCCUGAGGGCCCUCGCCCGCCCACUGCCGAGGAGGUGAGGGGCCUGGCGCAGAGGCGUCAGCAGGGGGAGGGGAAGCAGGCUGAGGGGCAGUGA